GAGUGCGGGUUAGGGGAUCAAAUACCGCGGGUCCAGGUGGUUACAAAGUGGGAUGCAGGUGGAGCUUUGGGAUCAACAAGUUAAACGUGACUGGAUGAUGUGUUGACUGGGAUCCAUGUAGUCACGAGCUAAAUGUAGUGAAAUGGAUCCAUAUUAUGACGGGCGGAUAAAAUGGUGUCGAGGAUGAGGUUGAGAACAAACUGGCGCUUUAAUGCAAGCGUUGGAAUUCUUCUAAUUACUAUUUACAUAUUUGUUUGGAAAUUCUGGCUAUCGACGGAAGCUCCAGACCGGCAUAUUCAAGAUGCAAAACACAGGGAUGUUAGAAGCCGGGAAAGUAGCAAGAAACUCGACUUUCACAGAAGCCACAUAUCUGUUGCAGAUGAAAACAAAACCAUAAAGUUAACCAACAAAGGACAACAAUCUGAUAAGUUCAGCUUGACAAAGAAAGCACCAAAACGGAAGAGAAAAGACAGACUCGCGUCGAUAAAGAAAGCCCUGAAACGGAAGAGAAAAGACAGACUCACGUCGAUAAAGAGAGCCGUGAAUCACAAGGACAAAGGCAGAGAAGGAACGAAGGUUGUUGAAGUUGAUGGAAAAAGAACACAAAGAAGAGUGCGCGCAUUACCCAGAUUCAGAUAUGUUCCGGUCUUCCGCGAAUACACGCCACACAUUGCAUGGUCAUAUUUUGAAAACAACGAGGCCAUACUGAACAAAUAUUCAACAGCGUUUAACAUACUACCAACAUCGGAUGGUGAGGAUAAUCCUUUCCUAAUCAUAAUGGUGUUAUCACAGGCACUGAGACACAGAACGGCUAUUAGAAGAACGUAUGGGAGUGUCGCUUAUGGACAAAGGUGGCCUGGAAGCAAUCUGACUUGGAACAUAAAAAUUAUAUUUUUAUUUGGACAUACAGGGAGCAAGGAAUGUGACGCUAUCCUAAAGGAAGAAAGCAAACUCUAUGGGGACAUUUUACAAGGUAACUUUUACGACUCAUAUAAGAAUCUUACACUGAAAGUGUUAUCAGGACUAAAGUACGUGGCUGAGUAUUACCCUGGCACACAAUACGUCUUGAAGGCUGACGAUGACACGUUUACAGAUGUUGACCGUCUUGGUAGGUUACUGACACAACUGAAGCCGGUGAACACUGUUCUUGGGUUCGUUUACAUGCAUCCAACUGUGUUCCGUCUGGGCAAAUGGGGCAUACCAAGGGUUGUCUACCCUUUCCAUCUGUAUCCUCGAUAUGCAGCAGGAAAUACCUAUGUUAUGACUAUGGAUUAUGUGAGAUGUGUACUUGCAAAUGCCAAGUUCUUUCCGUACUUCUUCAUAGAGGAUGUAUUUAUAACAGGAAUAAUGUGUGUUUCUUGCAACGCAACGCAGAUACAUGUGGAAGGGUUUACACACUGGAGGGAAAAGGCAGCUUCUCCCAUAUCAUUUAUAAGAGGUAAAAAGAUUUCAGGAAACAAAGCGACAAACGAAGCAAAACAUAACAUAUGGGACCAGCUGUUAGAUUUUUAUGGUUAGAUUUUCCAAACGUUUCAUAUCACAAUUUCCACGAAAAAUGUUCGUUGUCACUGUAGGGUCACUUAAGGGC